AGUUUAUGCAGUCACGAAUGCGACAUAUAGGAUUACAGAGCUUUUUCAUGUUACUCAAUAGCCAAAAUCUUACUUCAUAUGCUUGUCCUUUUCAUUUAUGCUUGCAAUGGCACUUACUACGGAUACAUUUUUUGAACGAAUUGGGAGUUUUGGUCGCUUUCAGAUUGCGCUCAAUUUGUUUUUCAAUCUGUGUUCUCUAUUUUGGUGGGCUGUGCCAGUGACGAUCAUGGUGUUUAUAGCUUCAGAACCCAACUGGAAAUGCGUAAACAACUCCACUUGCCCAUUCACAGACAGCAUUAGUAUCAUAGACGAGAGAUACAACCACAGAUGUAACAUUUUGAGGAAAGACUGGAGAUUCGAGGACGACUUUACAUCAGUUGUCACUGAGGUUUGUGCUAAACGUGAUCAAAUUCGUGAACAGUCUCUCGUUCUUAUCCCCAUAACCUUAUGACAAUAUAUUUUACAUUGCAAAAUACCCUCUGACAAUAAAUGUGUGAAAAUUAUACAUGUGAAUCAUAUAUAUAAACCUCUGUCACUCAUGCUAUUCUGGAAAAAGUUUAAAGUUGUAAGCCUUUCAUUGAUAAGCCACAGGAUGAAAUGACUAAAUUAAGUUUCCUUAAAGGUAACUUAAAGGUUAACAUUAGAAGUAUUCAAUUAAAGUCUCCUUAUGAACCAUUUCAUGAACACUUUAGGAUCACAUGAAAGUAAACCUAAAUAACCAUUUAAUUGACUUUAAGAAUCCUCCUAAUUCUCGUAAACUCGUCUUUAAUUGCCAAAACUUCUACUUGUAAAGGCAACUUAAAGGUUUCUUUAAUCUUUUGUUUCCCUUUAAGUACUACUUAAAGUUGCAGGUUUUGUUGUAAUUCAUCUUUAGUUGUACUUUCAGGUCCUCUUAAAUUUCAAGUUUUGUUAAAAUUCAUCAUUUAUAAUUAGUGACCUUUAAGUGCCUCUAAAAGCUGUAGGUUUCACCUUAAAUUGACUUUUGAUUUGCUUAAUCACACCCACAUUUAUAUUAUGAUAACUUAUAAUAUUUUGGGAAACUUCUAAAUUGUUAGAAAAAGAGACAUCACACAUACAAGUAAUUACAGAAUGUUUGAAAUUGCAGUGAUGAAAUAGUUUCGUUCAAAACUCACUUCCUCCCCUGAGAUAGAGUAAACCCACAAUAAAGCUGAGGAUAUCUCAUUUGAGGCACAUACAUAAUUAAAAAAGAGACAUCCAAAUGUUUGAAUUACUAAUUGUCAUACUUUAUUAAGAUUGUUUCUCUUUCAUUAAUGUAUAAUUCAUAUAAUCUCAGUCAUCUAUAUAGAAUAGAAUAGAAUCUUUAUCACUAUAAAAAUAUAAGAACUACAGAAUAUAACUAGCUGUAGCAACACACUACACAAAAAGCUAUUAAUUCACAAAUUUCACUCUCAAAUGCAGCCACUAAGAAAUGCAAUUUGAACUGAUACUAACAAUAAAAAAUAAGUUCAACCUAUCAAUCUAAAAAAUCAGUAUAUUUUUCUAAAUCAAUUUAAAUUUGCGAUAGCUAUCAAUUAUUUGCCAACCUGUACAUCAAUAUGGAAAAAAGUUUCUCAUAUGGAGGAAAUUAAAUAUAAAAUUGAAGAAUUCACAAUUACUUACUUUAGAUAAUGAGACCAUUAAAAUUGCUAAUUAGCACAUUCAAUGAAAAAGAAGUCUCACGCAGGCAUGUAAAAGACCUUCAUUCUAGACAUGGCUGAUUAAUACUUUUUUCAACAAUCAAUUUGUCACCUUAAACUGAUAAAACAAUUUUUUUUACUGCCUUAUUGCCCACCCUGGAAAAUUUUCAGUUGGUGGGCAUCUCAGAGAAGGUUGCCCAUCAACUCUGGGUAGGAUUCUCUCCUUAGCUCUUGAAGUGAGUUUUUUCUUAUAGGCCUUAUCAAGUUUUUUUUUUAUUUUUUUCAUUCUUCUACUCUCCCAUGGAAGGCGAUGGACAGAGUAUUUUGUUAAUUUUGAGUUAUUUAUAUCAUCAUCCUCGUAACAGCUUUCUUCACUACUCAUCGCCUCCAUCACAAGAACCUCCGCCACUCUCCCCUUUUCAUGCUGGUCAGCCCAGUUGACCAGCUCCAGGGCUGUAGUUCGUCUCAUUAACUUCUGAAAAAACAAAAAUAUACAACAAGCAUGAGAAGGGUAUUAUAAGACCUCAAAUGGAAAAUAUGAUCCAAAUUACUAAUUUCUCUUGAUAUGCAUGUGCACACAGUAUAAGAAUGGAAUUCUUAAGCAUGUUAUACUAAAGAGUCUCCUUGUCCUUUAUUUUUCAUCAAAUGCCCCAUACAAGCUAUCAUUGAUCUCAAAUCACAUCUUAAUAUUUUUCAUUCUUUUCCUCAACUACAGAUCCAUCUUUAAAAUAAUAUUAUACAAUUACCAAAUUUACUUUACAAAGAUUUUCUAUGUAAGGAAGGCUCUAGAUACAGACUAGAAUACAUAAUUCAUUUAACAAUUGCUCUCAUAGGCACAAAACAAUUUUGACAGGACACAGUCCCUUAAAAGUGUCUAUAUGCAAAGCCAUCCAAUUUUGAAGUGGCAAAAAAAAAUGCAUUCAGUGGGAAACAGCAGGGUAUAUGAAAAGUAAAAUGUUAAAAUAGUAUCCCAAUAAAUACCUCUCUUUGGCGACCACUCUUUCUUGUUUUUUGUUUAUGUGCCUCAUAGCGAUUACUGCUCUUCAGCUUAUGUGUUUCUAGGCACGUUUUAAAAUAUCUUUGUAAAGCAGCUGUUCAAAGAAAUAAUUAUCAAAAUGCCAUGAGAAGUUGAUUAUAAAAAGAUUCCCAUAUAAAUAAAUGACAAUGUUCAAAUUUAUAAUCAUUUAUGGCUGGCCGCAUAGGAAUAUUUGCCAAGUUAUAUAAAUUUGCAGUAGGUCCUUGGUGAUUCAUUGCUAAGGUGUGAAGUAAGCUUUGUUGAGGAUUUACACUGAACUUAAUGUUUCAGAGACAAGAAAUUAACCUGAAAGUUCUAGUUUGCAACAUAAUUAAAUUUCUGCAACAUUUGAGAAAGUUAUUAUGUAAAUUAGGAAAAAAUUUAAAAUAUACCCUUCCUCUUGUCCUAAAUUUGAAACAUAUAAUGAGGGUGCUCAUUAGAAGUUGCAUGAUAUCUAACUGUGUUACUGAAUGCUAGUUCUAUGAUGAAUUUUUGUUGAGGGAAAAGUGGUUAAAGACACUAACUGAUGGUACAGACUAAAAGCAGGGACAAUAUUCAUCAUUUUGAGUAUCUUUUCAAGGACUGGGCUCUAGAAAAAUGACCAACUGUGAUGAAACAGAAAAUAUUUAGCUUAGUCGUUUCCGGUGUGAUUAUCUGCUCCAGCACCCAGAAAUCGCAAUUUUGUCUAGAUGUUUUUAAGCCAAGGCCUUCAGUGAAACUCAACUUGUUAUAAAAGAGAUAUACAUCAAUACGCUCAAGUGCCAAAUUCUUAUGCCCACCUGCAAAAAAAAAAUAAGUCGAAUUGGACAAAACUAAUUUCAAAUUCGUUUUCUACGCCACUUUUACAUAGUAUAAUGACACCCCAAUGAAAGUGAAAUGCAUGUGCUAUGAUUAUUGAUAGCUACCUUCAAUGAUAUCCUUUGUCCAGGGACACUUUUCAGGUCCUCCCUGUUGAUGUACAAUCUGCUCUACUGUGUGCUCAAAAAUUCCAUAGUUGUUAUCAGAAUUUACUCUGAGACAAGAACAAACACCGUGAUUAAGCCACGUAUUCUGUUUUAACAGUAUUAACACUUAGACAAAAGCAACAACAAUAAGGUAUUCACAUAACAUCUCAAUAUUUCUAGCAGCAGCUUAGACUCUGAUUUCACGGUUUAAUCAAUAUAAAGUAAAAUAUCUUUGAAUAUAAUAACAUGUUACUCACUCUUCGUCAAGAUAAAAUCCACCAAAGUCGUCUUUUUUUAAAAGAAGUUUAUAUAUCCUUCUCACAGCUCUCUAAAAGAUUGAAAUAAUUUCAACAAUCAAUUUGUCACCUUUCCCCUAUUUCUACUUCCACGCUUUUUACACAAGUACAAUUAACCUUACCCAUCUGUGUGAUUAAAUCAGGGAAAGUCAAAAGGGUUCAAGAGAAAAGAUAAUAACAUGAAUUUUCGUACUGGAUUAUUCUCGUUGAAACAGGGAGGAAAAAACCUUUCUGGUAGACCUGUUUAUGGUAAAGGGGAUUAUCAAUUAAAUGUAACCACACAUAAUUAUGCCAAAUGAUUACCGCCUAAAUAAUUGAGUUAUGCAUAUAAUUUGCGCGCCAAACACGUACUCAACAUAAAAGCAAAUCUUCCACGAAACAGAACUGAAUUCAGCAAAUCAUGAACAUAUAUAUGCUCAUCAGUUAAGUUUUUCUACUCACUCGACAAGCUGGUGGAACUACUAUCGUCCUUCGCUUCUGUCUAUUUUGGCGCCGACGGACUUUGGCUCCAUUAUCACCAGUUUCAAGACGGUUCUCAAUCCGCUGAAGAGCCUCUAAGUUUGAUUUGUUGCUGCACUCUUGCUGCUGCCGCAGCUUUUCAUUUUCGCUCGCCAGAGCCCGGUUGCUGCGGAUCAAUUCCUCCAGCAGUACGAUGCAUUCUUCGGACAUGUUAUUAUUUCUAAUUGCCGCUGGAACCGCAUUAUCAUCUUGAUUUUGUUCGCGAUCGUUUACUCGUCUUUCUGCCAUUUCCUUCGCUUACUUUCCCUAACCCUGAAUUAACUGUAAAAUAACCAGACAACAAUCGCUUCGUUCGGAUGCUUUGUUGACAGAGUCGUCAACGGAAUUGAGAUUCAAAAAAGCGCGCGAUUAUCCUAUACCAAACCUGGAAGGACCUCCUGUUGAUAUUGUGCCUCGUUGUGAUAUACACUGUACCGAGUGCACUGGGCCUAGCUAACGCUGGCGAGUACGAAUGAAGACUCAAGUGUAAUUGGAAGCAAGGAAACAGGGAGGCCUUUUGUGGCGGGAAAACUUCUACUACACGUUCGAUCUUCACUUGUUCAAGCAAACAUCUUUGUACCGAUACCUAAAUUUCAUCAAGGUAAGUUGUUGAUAUAUCUGAAAAUCUAGCCGUGUGAAGGUAAAGGAUAUCUUGUAACAAAGGAAAUUUAUCUAAGCGGCAAGUCACGGCAUCGACGUUAAUUAAUUCGAUGAUAUUUCUUGUGCAAGAAAGUGAUUUUGUUGUGUAAUGAUAUGUGAUCGACGCUUUAUACAAUUAUGAAUUGUUUUCUUUUAAGUGUGAUUAGAACAAUUACGAUAGCAAGCUUGUGAUAAAAAAAGCUUGUAUGUAUGGCAUGCAAACAGAACUCAGUCGAGAACAAAUAAGUAGGGGCAGGGGUGGGAGGUAAUGGACUUUUUUGAAAUAGCGGGUUACUUUUCAACAGUGGAGGAUAUAUGCAUUUUUAUUUUGACUAGAAAGGAAUGAAUAACAAGAUAAGCUCAAUUUAAUACAGUCAAAUCAAUAACAAUACAACCAAUACGGUAGAAUUUUUGUUUCGUGGGAGGAGAGAGGAGUGGGCUUAUUAGGGUAAAGACAUUUUAGUCAGGAGGCCUUGAUAGAUAUGGGGUACCUAAAGAGCAGUUGUGGCAUUGAGCUCGCAUGAAUACUGGAGUAUGGUCAUUAAAAACCUCAUGUCAGUGCCAUUUAAGGAAUGUAAGCUUCAUUCCUUGAUUGUAUUUUGAAUUUAAAACUUUUAAGUAAUCAUACAUGAUACUUGUUAUGAACAUAAACAUCAAGGACACUUUUGAAAGUUUGGCAAAAGGAAAAAUUUGCAUUGCAAUUAGGGAUUAAAGUAUGUCUUAAUUCUUAACUGAUUGUUAUCUCCCUAAUAAUAGCUGGUCUGGUUGACCAUUUUUUAGGUUGUGAUGAGUAAUAUCAAUCAAAUAUGCUGAAUCUGCCUGGUGUUGCAAAAUGGUGACUAGUUUCAGAGUUUCAGGCAACAUUGUUUUGGGGGGGGGGGAGGUGGGACUUGCAAGAAACUUAUUAAGGAGUUUAUUUCAAGAUUUACUUUUUACUUUGUUAAGUGUAAGGUUGUCAACCACCAAGUAAGGGGAGAGCAGGGUGCUGAGUACUUUGGCCAUGAGUUGUAGCUUCUUGAAUGUCAGGUUUUUUCCAAAUUGUGGAAAUUCCAUACAAGUUGCAGAUUGCAAGUGAGAGGUUUUUAGUCAUCUUAAUGCUCCUGGAUCAUUGUGAGUGACCACAUUAUUUUUACUAAACAUUUUUUGGCUUUCUGAUAAACAUUUAUUCAGUCCAAAGUAAAAUAAGAUAUGCUUAAGGAUAUAUAAAGAAUAUAGAGUAUCAAUGCUUGGUUCAGGCUCCAGAGACAAGUGUCAAAAAAAUUUUUUUGACAAAUUAUACAUAAGUAGACAAGACAGGCUUUACACACAAUUUUCAUGCAUUUGAAUGUAUGGCUUCUAAACUGAAAGUAGGUUUGAGUAUGUCAGGUUUUUCAAAAUGUGGAAUCUUUCUGCAAGGUUUGGGUUGUGAGUGACAGAGUUUUAGUCAGAUCUUAAUGCUCCUGGAUUAUUACAAGUGACCACAUUUCUGUUACAUUUAAAUUUUUUAACUUUGUGAUAUUGUUGUUUCCUUUGAAAGUGGGUAUAGGCUCUCAUCACUUGGUACAGUCCCAAACUGAACAACUGUUCAUAUGUAGACUAGUCAGUAGUUACCACAAUUUUCUUGUGCUACAAUUGUUUCAGUUGAAAGUAGGUUUCAGCCUGUCAGGUAUUUUUCAAAAUAUGUAAUCUUAAUGCAUGGUACAGCUUACGAGUGACUGCCUUUUGGUCACUGGGCGAAACCAACUGUUUUGUACAUGUAUUUUUGUGCUGGCUUUUCUUCCCUCUGCAUUUAUUUCAUUACCCAAAAUAAGGGAGGUGGGCCCUCCCCUAGAUCUGCCACUGGGUUAUAAGCACACGUCAUUUAUUUCAAGCACUCUUCUUUUUCAGCUUGAGGAUCAUGUUUCAGAAGAAGACAUUUCACUUCCAAUGGACAAGUUGGAUCACAGAGAGCUAAUGGUAUCUUGUGUAGGAUAGUGAAAGAAAAAACAUUAGAAUUUGAGUCCCUUGUGAGGAUUCAAACCUCAUGCAGUCAGCCCAGAGAAGGCAAUCCCAGCUGGGUGGAGAGUUUCAUGCGCUCCUCUCAGUGCUUGUUUAUUUUUGCGUCCUGAGGAGAGGUGCAGUGAAGAUUGCCCAUACUUCGGUCUUACCCUUUGGUACCUCGGCAAUGAUAUGCUUGUAUCAUUUUUAUUUUUAUGCUUUAUGGUUCCUACUUUUUUUUUUAUUUGAUACGUGCACUGAGCCGUUAAAUAGGUCUCAAACCUGGAGGCCAGACCCAUUUCGGUUGUCGGCUGUAACCACCAGAGGACUGUGUCUGUAUUCAAGCAGGGAUUUACUUUUCUCUUUUCUCUGACACACUUGACAUUCAAAGUCAAAGGAAUGCAAAACAACUAUAGCCAAGUUGGAGAGUAUCUGCUUCUUAACUGAACAACAUCAAAAAAUUAUGGCAUUAGCAGAACUGAAUGGUGACUGAAGCUUUCAGAGCUUAACUUGUGAGGGGCCACAAGAAGUAACUGUCUAUGUUAUAUCAGUCAAAAAUCAGUUAUCUCUCAUACAUACUGGUUGUAAGGUUUUAAAAAUGUCAAGUUUUUCAGUAAGUGGAAUCUCAAUGCCUAGCACAAGCUGCAAAUGUCAAAAUCCAUAUAUUGCCAGGCUCCAGGAAGAUGUAAGUGGGUAUAGACAUUCAACUCUUUCAAGAACAAACUCUCUCUCUCUUUAUUUUCAUUUUUUGUUUGAGACUCUCUCUCUACAUACAUACUUGUUGUAAGGUUUUAAGAAUGUCAGGGUUUCAGUUAGUGGAAUCUCAAUACCUAGCAUAGGCUGCAAAGGUCAAAGUUCAUAUAUUGCCAGGCCUCAGGAAGAUGUGGAUAGGUUAUGACCACAUUCAUUUCUCUAAACCUAGAUAUUUUGUUCUAAUUUUGUUUAGUAUUGUUUUUGGAGUUCGGUACAGACUGCAAUUGACAACUUUCUGAGUAAUUUUUUUGAGACAGUCUUAAUCUCUGGUCAAUUUAGGUUCUUUCCUAUAAUUGUUCUUUUAAUACACUGUAUGUAUGAAGUCUUUUGUUAAAGGCUCCUUGUCGCAAUGCUCAUUCAUUUUAUUUUUCAAGGCUUUGAAGUACAUGUAACAGAAUCUGAAAUUUGGAACGUUGAAUGAUGCUGUGUAAUAUUUAGGUUAAUGCAUGCAUACACAGACUCUCUGGAGUCACAGUCUUUUACUCUGAAGAAUAUUUCAUUUGUUAUUAUGAAUCUACCUGUUCACAGAUGAAUUUCAGAAAACAAUAUUCUAACUUGUAUACUAUGUGCCCCUAUCUACCCAUUUCACCCCCUAAGAUCUCAAUAUUAUUUUUCUAAAUGCCUUUCAUACAGUUUUUUUGAUAUAUUUGUGAGAAUAUUGAUGUAUUGCUAGUGUGUUAGGGAGAGUUGCUUAUUGACCAGUCCAUGAAGUAAAAGGGUUGGGAACUCCACGUGUUGGGCUUCCAACUGAAACAAAGGCCUCAUUUCACUUUAUUGUAAUAGAAUGUAAUUAUAAACUGACUAUACCUUGCCAAGGUCACAUUUUGUUCCCUUUUGUACUGCAAAGCAUACUACUUACUUUUACUGGAAAGCAUACUACAGAAUCUACUUGUUCAUAAAAGAUGGAAGCUGGAACCUUAAGUGGAAUCUUUUGAGGGAGAUCACAGUUAAUCUAAAAGCAAUCUUAACUGUAUGAAAUUAUUGGAUAUUUACUUAGUAACCAGCUGAAGUUUAGAAAUACAUUCGAAUAUUCUUAUUACCACAAACUUUUAAAAGCAAUUAGGACUUUCCUCUGUGUAAAGAUACUUACUAUUUCUAAUACGAUGCUCCCUUUACUUGAAAUUUCUUGAAACAAAUCACGGGAAUUUGAAGUCGACCCGAAAGUAUCUGUCAAGUUCGACUUGUUCCGUUUUCGCUCAUGCCUUUCGAAAGUUGAACGUGACACGAAGUCAUUACAAUGAGCGCAGUAAAUAUAUCCUUUCUUGUCAUCGCACUCCAUGCGUUCUAUAAAGGAGAUGCGAAAAUGAAAACCCGUUGCUUUCAAUUCAGAUAUUUUGACAAAUUUGCUGCUGCACAUGGAACAAAAUUUGCUAUUCCUGUCCGACGCAAGUACUGGCUAAUUCGUGAUGCAUUUCCUGUUGACAGUUCAGAUUACAAUUAGACUAUCUUUAGUGCGUCAAUUAAAGAUGUCAAAACAGCGAGACUCGUUUAAUUCUCACCUCAAAGGUUAACUAAAUGUAUAUUAAUUAAAAACCUUCUUUUGUGCUAAAAAAGAGACCACUUAAAGGAUGCUAAAAGAUUUACGUUAUUAAAGUUCACCUUAUGUUCAAUUAAAGAUUCAUGAAAGGUAACUGUUAGCUUUUGAAUAUUUCGGUUUACAAUUAAAGACGCCUAAAGCUUAAGUCAACCUUUAGGGAUGCUUUCUGUUUUGCCUAAAGGCACUGAAAUAAGAGCAUUCGUCCUGUGAAGGUUUAAGGGUUAGACAAAGGAGUCAUAUCUGAUGAGAUUUCAAUUCACACAUCUAAUUUUUUUCCAAAAUCACAGUUCGACCUUGUUUGUGCCCGCAGCUACUUGGGAUUCGUAUCAACUUCUGGGAUAUUCGCAGGUUUCCUUGUUGGCAGUAUUGCUGUUAGUAUUUUGUCAGACAAGUUUGGAAGGAAGCGGCCUCUCUUCAUCUGUGGCUUUUUCUGCUGGCUGUUCAAUUUUGUUUCCGCAUUUGCUCCAACGUUUUGGUUUUUUGUUCUUUGCCGUAGCAUAGUUGGCUUUAUGCUGGGUAAGUUACAUUUACCUCGAGCAGGUCGCCAUUUUGAGGCCCUAUAAAGGGUUAUCAGGAUAUUUGGGUAAAGGGUUAUAGGGAUACGGGAUAUUUGGGUAAACAAUUAUAGGGAUACGGGAUAUUUGGGUAAAAAAUUAUAUAGGGAUACAGAGUAUUAAAAAAAAGGUUCUAGGAUAUCGAUCGAAGUUCUCAUUUUUAAAAGAAUGAAAUAAGCUUAUUAGUCAAUGUGGAAGGCGCAAAUAGUGGAAAAAAUACUUUCAAAUGCGAUGUUUUACAUUUUGCCUGCCAUCAAAUAUUGUCAAUAUUGACAAUAGCUGCCAAUAUCGGCUCUUGUCCGAGAACAACUCUCCCCUCCCCCACGGCUUUUUCUAUUUCGCAGUACUUUUGCGCGUUGCGAUCUCCCGCCUCUACUGUUCAAGACGACCUUAUCGUAUUUAACGAAGAAGAAUACCACUGUUAUAUGGUUCAGUGCUUGGACUGUGGAGAUCCGUUGACCGUCAGGGAGACUGGGAAAGAAAUGUCAAAUGAGUUGGCAAAAAUAGAAUAUGAAGAGAUACCAGGGUUCAACCACAAGAUCAGGAAGAAAGUCAAGGCGUCCAAGAGAAUGGCUGAGCCUUUUGACAGAGUUUUAAACUACUAAAAAGAUGAAAAUAUAAGGAGCGCUUCAAAGUGCAGCCAUUCGUGGCGCAUACAAACUCGACGACGACGACUCGUCGACGACGUAAGCACUUGAUCACAGUGCAUCUACCCGGCUUGUGUGCAGUUGAAAUAAUUGUAGUGAUUCACAAUAUAAACAGUGUCUUCUUGCGUAAAAACCGGCGAAAUAAGAUGGUGUAGUUAAUAGAAACAACAAUAGGAGAGCCGUGCGAGGGAACAAAUCAGCGAAACAGCGUGGAAACACCCAAGGAAAAUGUAUUUUUCGUUAUCAGGUUCCCAAACAUGUCACGCUCAAUAACGUGACAUGUGACAAUACAAGAAUUAGCGGGAUACAGGAUAUUUUGGCUCAAAAUUAAUGGGAAACGGGAUACUAAGACCCCCCCCCCCUUCCCUCCUUCCCUAAUGGGGGCUCCAUCGUAAGUGUGACAUUCGAGCCCAUAAAAAUUUGUCUUCGGACCGAAGUGAUUCCCGGGUAAGGAGAUUUGGCCGCUUGAAUAAUAUGGAAGAGUAGGGAAAUCUGAUAUUUAAGAAUGUUUAGCUGCUUCUGGUUAUGUGCUUAGUGAAGUUAUUAAAGGGUGUAACAUGUUGUUCAUGUAGGGAAUACGAGAGAGUAAUUCGUUCCGCAAAAAUAUACAUAAAAGGCGAACACGGUUAGUCCUCAGCACGAAGACAUUUCGUAAGCCUCCAAAAAUGGAGAGGUUGAACACCUCCCUCCCCCUCCGACGAAAAGUUAAAAGCCUACUUACAAGUCGCUGCAGAAGGCCGUUCUCCGUUUUAGUUUUAUUUUUUAACAUACAGCUGGGUACAGCAUUCCUAUGUUUGUGUUGGCGAUGGAGUUUUCUGGGAUUCGCCACAGAGGUGCCGCAGGAGCACUCGUUUGGACUGGUAUUGCUGUGGGAAGUCAGGCGUUAGCCGGAUGUGCUUACGCCAUCAGAGAUUGGAGGCUUCUGACCAUCGUCACAGGAGCUCCUGGGAGUAUACUUAUAGGUGGUUGGUUGUGAGUAGCUCUUUUCAUUUUCAGUGCGUUGAUGAGUAAGAAAGGCCCCUUUACAAUGACAUAUUCUACUUAUGUAAUCCAUUUAUCAGCAUAAGAGGUCAGCCUGCUCUCACUCUGCGCACUCGUCACAUAGAUUAACCAGUUUGUCUUCAGGUUACGAUGCUUUCAUAGGUAUUUCUUGAGUUUAACAAAGUCUCACUUAUUACUGAAUGAAUAAGGAAAUUACCAACACAUCUUACGCAGAUUAGAGCCCAAAUCUAUUUUCUCUUACUGGAACUUUCUUGUAUUUCCAACUGUUUCAAUAAUCUAUUCAUUUAUUUCUAGCUCCUGAGGUGUUCAACGUGUUGGUCUAGAUCACAAUCCACCUUGUCUAUUAGAUUGCAGCGAUUGUAAAGUUACCUAUAUUUUGAACUAUUCCAUGUCCCUUAGUUUUACUCCAGAGUCCAUCCGUUGGCUCCUCAAGAAUGGUCGAGAGACGGAAGCGAGAGACAUACUAAGUAAGGUUGCCAAGGUGAAUGGUAAAAGCAUGCCAGAAGAAGCUUUACAUUUGCCCAAGGAUGAGAGUAUAAGACUUGGUGAUUUUCCUGAUUUGUUUAUGUCAGAUGGAACGAUUCACAGAACACUUGGGUCUUGGCUCAUGUGGUAAGUUUUCUUCCUUAUUUGUUUGCUCUCUGGAGUCAAUGUAAAUAAUAGUUCUGAGGUAAAAAACAUCAAAUAUACUCUAAUAAAGUGUGUAAUUUAUUGUUAUCAACUGAAAUGACAACGUAAAUUGGCCACUGUAAAGCUGACGUUUCGAGCAUUAGCCCUUCGUCAGGAUAAAUUGCUCUGACGAGGGGCUAACGCUCGAAACGACAAUUUUCAAACUAUUUACGGUUUCCAAUUUACGUUAUCAACUCAGUUGAUAAUACUAAAUUACCCUGUUAUAUUCUCCUACAGACUUAGCACCACAGUUUCUUUAGAAACUUACCCCUUUAUUCAUCUGAUAAGCUGUGCCUUGCCACAAGUCACAGCUCUACAUGUCGUUUAUAGGUAGCCAGCCUACUUUUUGAUAAAUUAAGCUGGGUAGCUAUAGAUGACACCGUACGCGUUAGAAAACUCUGUAUGCUACACAGAGUUAGCCAGGGUCAUCUUCCUGAAUAUUUCAUCUCAUAUUUUAAACAUGUUAGGUAUACACAUAGUUAUCGAACUAGAUCUGCUAUCUGUAAUGAUGUUUUGACACCAUCAUGUUAAAGAAAGUCAGGAAGUCAGGAUUUUUAACUCAAGUGUAUGUCGUCUAUGGAAUAACCUAGGUAACACAUACAAAAACAUAAUUUCCCACUCAAAUUUCAGAAAAAUGCUACAGAAUGAUUUUAUCAAAGAAGACCCUUCGCUAGAACAUUUUAAGAUUAGUAGGACCUUUUUAUUUUUAUUAUAGUUGGAAGUGUAAUAAUUUGUAGGAUCAGUAUGAUUUUUUUUUGUGUGUGUUUUGUUUUUGUUGAGGGCCAUUUUGUAUUUCACCCUUGAUAAAUAAAGUAUUGUUUGUUUGUUUGUGUUUGUUUGUACAUCAUUGCCUGCAUCUUUCAUUAAAAAAAAAACAUUCUUUGUUUCUUUUGAAUCAGGUUUGCAGUAUCUUUUAUAGACUAUGCGACAGCUUUAAGCGCACCGUUUAUUGGGGGUAAUGUCUACAUCAAUGUAGUCGUUGCUGCCGUUGAUGGACUAAUCGCAUACCCUCUAUCUGCUGUUUUGGCAGUCAGGUAGUAAAAUUUAAAAUGAAAUAAGCUAAUUAACAAUAUGAUUAUUCCAUCUUUUAAUUAAUCCAUCAUUAAAUCAGAUAAUUUAGUUUUAUUAAACGAGUUGAAUAUUAAUUUGCAAUUGGCCACCAUAGAGAGUUUCUAAGGCUGACGCUUUUAGUGUUAGCGUUUCAUUCACUCUGGCGAAGGCCUAACGCUCGAAGCGUCAGCCUCAGAAACUCUCUCUAGUGGCCAAAUUACAUUAUCAACCCAGUCGAUAGAAGAAAAUUAUUUUUGAAUACCCCACAGAGACGCACCACCCAAUUUCCAUAGAAACUUACCCUCUUCAUCAUUAUAUCAGUUUGUUACUCAAUCAAUUUACCAAUCAACUGCAAACAGUCAUUCAGAUGAAGGAAUCCAUAGACGGAUCGAUUUACUGGUCAAUUAACGAUUUUUGUAUUAGCUAUUUGACAACUAUAUGCCAAUUUUUUAGCUUUAAAAUGCCAUUAAUGUUUUCAUUACGAAUUUGAACUUAACCAUGAUCGGAUUCUUGUCUUACCCCUAUAACUGUUGUUGUUCAUUUCCCAUCUUUACAUCUAGAUUUCGUCGAAAGUUUAUCAUUGUGGUAUCGUUUAUUCUAUCGGCUGCGGGAGCAAUUGGCGCACUUCUUUUAUCAGAUAAUGAUGACGACAACGGUAAAAUGAACCUUACUAAUUGAUGGACUUUCCAGAAUCUAACAAAAGUGUAAUUAAAAUGAAACUUUAGAAACUGAUUGUGCAGACAGCAUGUGUCGAAAUAUUCUCAGAGUUUUCCUCCUGAUCAUAAAUUGGGGUCUUAUCCACAGACAUGAUAUGUGCAUCGUAAGAACCAUGUCCGUGUAAAAAUCCACGUUUUACCAUUUUAUAACAGGAUAACGUACUGCGAAGGACCAAGAUAAUAUAGCGGUCAAACGUCUACGCAUAUGCAAACUUCGUGAUGGCUAUGAAGUGUAAUUUUAUGCUGUCAGAAACAAGUUGUCGCAGAAACAGGCUAGAGAGCAAUGGCCUUUUAAAAGUAUACAACUUAUUAGAUGAAGCCAAAAAUCGAAUCGUAAAUCAACAAGAUGCCUGUCAGUACAGAUAAGCUAUGUUUUUUGAAAAGUCUCGACUUUUUCUUUUCUCUACUUUGUGUCCUUCAGCAGAUAUCUAUUAGCGUUACAUUUUUCUGGAUAUUUUGCAAGAGAGCGGCUGUUUUUUGUUUCCUUUGAAGUUUUGCGCGGGAAAUCAGCGCGGGCCGACCAAAAUUUAUCCACUUGCGCAUGCUAGACGUUUGACUUCUGCCUUGGUUCUAUGGAAAUAGGAAAGGAGCCGUGCCUCCCUCGGGAGGAUCGCAGACCUGGACUGGGAAAACCGCCAAAAUCGAGUCUACUAAGACCCAGGCAAGGGUUGAUUCGACGGUCUGUUGUAACGCUUCUGCAACACUAGUUCCAUUAAUGAUCAUUUGUAUCAUAACUGAGUGUAGCGGCAUAAAGAACGAUACUCUCUCUCAGAUAAGAGUUAACGUUUGAAUUUUGCUGCCAGGUUAUCUGAUUGGAAAAAUCCUCAUGUCCAUGGUUGUUGCUAGACUUGCUGUUGCCAUCGCAUUCACACUGAUUCACAUUUUCACUGCAGAGAUGUUUCCGACAACUUUGAGGUAAUUAAGUGGCCCAGCACUGCUGAAAGGAUUUUUUAAGCUGAUCCGGCAAAUUCUGUCACCACAUGGAAAAACAUAUUCUCUUUUUCCUUCCAUUUAUAUUAUCAUUUUAUAUCGUCACGUAUUCGAUAGAUUAAUUUAAUUUAUCUUUAAGUUUGCGGUUUUACAUGUGUAAAGACAAAGUUACCGUUUCUUUUCAUUUCACAGACGCUAUUUGAGCAUCGACUGACUAUUCUUUAUUAUUGUAGAAACCUCUAAUGUGUUCGCGCAGCGCCCCGUAAUGAGGCAACACUAAAGUGAGGCUAUACUUACAUUGAAGUGCCUCAUGCUCAUCUAAAUUAUUUUUGUAUGUGUUUGUGUUCUGGUAAAGGAAUGUUGCCAUGGGUACAUCAACAGCUGCUGCACGUGUAAGCGCUUUUUUUGCACCCUACUCUAUGCUUUUGGUAAGUGUGCAGCGUACGUACAUCUUCUAAAGGUAGUCCGCUUACUUUAGUUGGGAAGUGAUAUCCACUGAGUACAACCCUUGCUACUACUUGAAUCGCAAAUAGCGUCUCAAAGUACAAUGCAGCAUGUCUGAACAGGGUAUACGUAGCUGAAUAAACACAAUUUGUGAAGAACAGCAAAGAGUCACCAGCAAAGCACCAGCGACAAUUUCUCCACCCCUACCAUAAUUUUAGAAUUUUUAGCUGUUUAGAUGGAUUUCUUUGUUUUCCUUCUGUGAACCCCAUCACAAUAUCUGUAUCCCUUGAUAUUUGUGGUAUCGAGAGCGACAAUGAGAAGAAAGCGUAAUUCAACAAACGGGGUAUUUGUCGCCUGUACUAAUACCUCAACCUCCUUUACUCAACAGACAACCGUCGACAGGCUUCUUCCGUUUGGAAUAAUGGCUGGUUUGGCUUUAGCAGCUGCUUUUGUUUGCCUCUCUCUCCCAGAAACUCAAAACCAACCAACUAUGGAAAAUCUGUUUCAGGACAUAGUAUGCCAACCGAAGAAUGAAACACUUGGUGAUGAGGAACUCGACACCGAACUCUGAUAGAAGACCCAAGAAAAUGAACCAAAACUGCAUCGAAAUCUGUUCUUUUAGCUAAACUCGGUUUUAUAACAUGAACUCACCAACCCUAGCUGUUGAGGCUUCAUUGCUUAGAGAGGAACAUGACUUGAGUGUUUUGAACCUAGCAAACAGAGCCGUGUGUUAACAAAAACAAUUUAUAAUUAUUAGUCAGGGAGAUCGAUAGUUUUUUGGCGUAGAGAGCUAAGUCGGUAAAGACACUUAGGUAGGUGCUACACGCACAAAAAGUGAAAUUAAUAAAUUACAGUGUUCUUAAGAAAACACAAAUCUGUGGUGUUUGUAUUGCAUUACGUCUGGCUACACAAACAACAGCUCAUCAUUGAACGAAAACGGUUUUGGUUCAAGAAAUAAACCCUAAAAUAGCUCUUUCAUGAAUUUCAACAAACUUUUUUUGAACUGUAAUUAAC